AUGUAUCUCCGAGAUUUGCUUAUUUUGGCUGAAAUCAGAUCCAUUAAUAUGAUAAAAGAUCGAUGGAAUGAAUUGAGGAUCAAAGCAAGUCAGUUCUCGUCUGAUCGCACGUCCAUCGCUGUUGAUGAUUUGCAUGACUUUGACAAAGUCUAUCCUACUUCACAAUCAACAUUUUUCAAUAAGGUGCAUGAAAUUCGAAAAAUACUUGCUGGUCUAGCUGCUGAUAUAGCUGAAGUCAAAAUUCGACUCCACUCAUUACCGGCUCAAACUAUCUUCGAUGGGCGGGAAAAGGAAAAAUUGGACGAAUGUCUGAGAGCAAUCAAAUAUCGUUCUAAUUUACUACGCGGACAUCUGCUCGCAAUGCAGCGGAACGAAAAGGAAGUGGAAAAGGAGCAGCAGACUGAUUCUGAUAUCACCGCCCGGAUCAGAAAAUGCCAUAUUGAAGCAAUGAUCAAAACACUCUCAGUCUUGAUAGAAAAAUUAAACUCAGCUCAACUUGACUACAGAAUCCAAGUUUUAAAAAAAAUCAAGCGACAAUUAGUUAUUGCGGGUGAACAUAUGACAGAUGAUGAAAUAAAUGCAAUAGUAGAUUCAGAAUCACCCGAAAUAUUCAACAGGCAAUUUCGUUCAUCUCAGCUGAAGUCAGCUUUGGCCAGUGUCACAGUCAGACAUGCUGGAUUUGUGAACCUGGAGAAGAGUAUGAAGGAGCUUCACCAUCUCUACAACGAUUUUGCUUUCCUCGUUCAUUCUCAGGUUGUACCAGUAAUUCCAGCUACUUUACUUUCACAGUGCAUUAACGAAAUGUUGUGUUAUCAUUAA